CCAGUUCCCCGACGGCUGCAUCUGCUGCGGGCGGGAGCGUUGCGCCCCUGCCCUCCACGGAGACCCACUGACCAUGUCCAGCCGAACCAGGGUUUCUUUAUCGCAGCCUUCUCUCUCCUCUCCCGCUGCUUGGGAUUCAGCUGGGAGGCGGCCGGAGCUGGGCUUGCCCCAAAGACCGAGGCUGGGUCCUGGGGCUUCCCAUGAAGACCAUUCCCUGGAGAGCUCCAGACCUGGACACCGGACGCAAGAGCACAUGGCCGGGUUUACGGUGAUAGCUCCAGAUCAAAUCCGAAGAGACAAGAUAAUGAGGGUUGCUAAGAAAGAAUUAGAAGAUUUGGAGAAAUGGAAGCAGCAACAACAGUCUAAGCCAAUCCACACAAAGCCAAAUAAACUAGGUGGAAACCAAUCAGAGGCUGAUGCUAGGAAGAAGCAACAGUGUCAACUCCUACAGUCUAAAUACCAGCAAAAGCUAAAGAGAGAAGAAUGUCUAAGAACCAAGAAGGAAGAGGAAGAAGCUAAACUCCAAGCAAUAAAGGCGAUUCAGAGAGAAAAGAGCAAUAAAUUGGAGGAAAAAAGAAGGCUUCAAGAGGAGCAAAGGAGAGAAGCAUUUAGUGAUCAACGUCCCUGCAAAUCCUCUGAAUUCUUGAGUAGCCCGGAACCAAAGGCCCCUACCAGAAGCUCCCGUCAAACUUCUUUUCCUGGCAUGCAAUACACAACCUGGAGACUCCCUGCCCUGACUAAGGACCACAACUUGGCCAAAAGUCAAGUGCUUAAGAACACCCUUAAAGAGCAAGAAAAUCAGAAACUUCAUAAGAUGAAGGAUGAACAAUACAAGAAGGGUGAAUUACUAGAACUUAAACGACAGGGGCAAGAGGAAGAAAGAACAAAAGCUCACCGACGUGAACAGAGGAGGGUAAAUAAUGCUUUUCUGGACCGGAUACAAGGUAAAAGUCAACCAAGUGGCCUCCACCAAUUUGGAGGCUUUGGAAAUAUAUGGUAGAGGCUGGGGUGUUUGAGACAUUCUGCACUUUCAUCCAGCCUUAGUCAACUGACCUUGAAAAAGCCCU